CCCUCUUUCCGAGGACUUGUUUUCACAAGAGCCAGGAAGCAAGCAACAACAAAAAUCCCCCCUCUGGUUUCAUGAUUCUUCUUCAUCCUCUCGGUCCUCCAUCUUCCUCCUCUGGAACUGGAAUAGGCGAGGAGACAGAACCAGCCAAGCGAUCCCGCUUCUCGCACUCGUCUCGCGCCACCAUUAUUGCCCGCCCAAUCUGACGCCGCCGUAUCCUCGCCUCGCCAUUAUUUUUAGUUUUAUCAUUGCGUCCACGCCUGCUCCACUCCACGCCUGCCCAUCCCACUUUCGCUUCCACGCAAAGGAUUUUUUCCCUUUUUAAAUAUUAUAUAUAUACUACACGGUCUCUGAUCGGUUCAUCCGGCCAAGAUUGUCCGAAGCUUGUGCUUAUUUACUACCUCUUUCCUUUUUUUCCCCUUUCACAAUUUCGGGGGCUUUAUUUCUCUCUCCCCCACGCGUUGCAUCUUCUUGAUGCGUUGCGUCCCGAGUCGAGGCAGACAUCGGAGCCGCGCAGCUGACUUGGUUUAGUUUAGCUCGCGAUUUCUUGAUCCGGCACCGCACCCUGCGCUGCUCAAUUCCGAUUCUUUUAGUUCAGAUUUGAGUAGCAGCAGUGCUUCGGCGACGAUCACUUGAUUGGGUUCCACCAAUUUUUGCCCCCACUGGUGCGAAUUGGGGAUUUCUUACUGUUUGGUGUUUGCUCUGUUGGUAUCGGUGCUGAAAACCAAUUUGGGUUUUGGGUUUCCACUACUGACCAAGCUCACAAACAUUGCUAGCUCCGUCUUCCAAUGGACGAGUCCGGGGAAGCGAGCGUCGGCUCCUUCAGGAUCGGCCCGUCGACGCUGCUGGGCCGCGGGGUGGCGCUCCGCGUGCUUCUCUUCAGCUCGCUGUGGCGCCUGCGGGCGCGCGCGUACGCCGCCAUCUCGCGCGUGCGCAGCGCGGUGCUGCCGGUGGCGGCGUCCUGGCUUCACCUCAGGAACACCCACGGCGUCCUCCUCAUGGUCGUCCUCUUCGCCCUCUCCCUGAGGAAGCUCUCCGGCGCGCGGUCGCGGGCGGCGCUCGCGCGCCGGCGCAGGCAGUACGAGAAGGCCAUGCUGCAUGCCGGGACGUACGAGGUCUGGGCCCGCGCCGCCAAUGUGCUCGACAAGAUGUCUGAUCAGGUCCAUGAGGCGGAUUUCUAUGACGAGGAGCUGAUCAGGAACAGGCUUGAGGACCUCCGGAGGCGGAGGGAGGACGGGUCGCUGCGGGACGUGGUGUUCUGUAUGCGCGGCGAUCUUGUUAGGAACUUGGGGAACAUGUGCAAUCCUGAACUUCACAAGGGCAGGCUAGAGGUUCCUAAGCUUAUAAAGGAAUACAUUGAAGAGGUUUCUAUUCAACUAAGAAUGGUGUGCGAAUCUGACACUGAUGAGUUGCUAUUGGGAGAGAAGCUUGCCUUUGUUCAGGAGACCAGGCAUGCCUUUGGGAGGACAGCCCUACUCUUAAGUGGGGGUGCUUCACUGGGGUCUUUCCAUGUAGGUGUAGUGAAAACAUUGGUUGAGCAUAAGCUUCUGCCUCGGAUUAUAGCAGGAUCAAGCGUUGGUUCCAUUAUAUGUUCGAUUGUUGCUACCCGGACAUGGCCUGAGAUUGAGAGCUUCUUCACAGACUCAUUACAGACCUUGCAGUUCUUUGAUAGGAUGGGUGGAAUUUUUGCAGUGAUGAGGCGAGUCACCACUCAUGGUGCACUGCAUGACAUUAGCCAGAUGCAAAGGCUUCUGAGGGAUCUCACAAGUAACUUAACAUUUCAAGAGGCUUAUGACAUGACUGGCCGUGUCCUUGGGAUCACCGUUUGCUCUCCUAGAAAAAAUGAGCCACCCCGCUGCCUCAACUAUCUGACGUCGCCGCACGUUGUUAUUUGGAGUGCUGUAACUGCCUCUUGUGCAUUUCCUGGGCUCUUUGAAGCUCAGGAACUGAUGGCGAAGGAUAGAUUCGGCAACAUAGUUCCCUUCCAUGCACCCUUUGCCACAGAUCCUGAACAAGGUCCUGGAGCAUCAAAGCGCCGGUGGAGAGAUGGGAGCCUGGAAAUGGAUUUGCCCAUGAUGAGACUCAAGGAGUUGUUUAAUGUAAACCAUUUCAUUGUGAGCCAAACUAAUCCUCACAUUUCUCCCCUCCUCCGAAUGAAAGAGCUUGUUAGAGUCUAUGGAGGGCGCUUUGCUGGAAAGCUUGCUCGUCUUGCUGAGAUGGAGGUUAAGUAUCGAUGUAACCAAAUCCUAGAGAUUGGUCUUCCAAUGGGAGGACUUGCAAAAUUGUUUGCUCAGGACUGGGAGGGUGAUGUCACCAUGGUUAUGCCGGCAACAGUAGCUCAGUAUUUGAAGAUUAUUCAGAAUCCAACAUAUGCGGAGCUCCAAAUGGCUGCCAACCAAGGCCGCAGGUGUACAUGGGAGAAGCUCUCUGCAAUCAGAGCAAACUGUGCCAUCGAACUUGCAUUGGAUGAAUCUAUAGCAGUUUUAAACCACAAACGGAGGCUAAAAAGAAGCAUGGAGAGGACAGAGGCUGCUUUGCAGGGUCAUUCUAACUAUGUUCGACUCAAAACUCCAAGGAGGGUACCAUCAUGGAGCUGCAUCAGUCGAGAGAAUUCUUCAGAAUCUCUCUCGGAAGAGAUUUCAGCAGUUGCUACUUCAACCGCGCAGCAAGGUGCUGCUCUUGUUGUCGGCACAGCCACUCUUUCUCACCAUGUUCGACGCAAUUCUCAUGACGGAAGUGAGAGUGAAUCAGAAACCAUUGACCUUAAUUCCUGGACCAGGAGUGGUGGGCCUCUAAUGAGGACAGCAUCUGCUGACAUGUUCAUCAGUUUCAUCCAUAACCUUGAGAUUGACACGGAAUUAAGUAGGCCCUGUACUGUGGAGGGUGGUACUGCAGGUAUUUCGUCAGAAUCUACCUUCCCAAAUGAUCCACAACCGAACAAUGGCUCAAGUGUUACUACUCCAGGUAGAUGCACAGAAAAUUCUGAGACCGAGGCAUACGACACUGUCAACACCAGAGCCAGUCAGGCUUCUACUCCCACAAGCAUCGCUGUUUCUGAAGGAGAUUUGCUGCAGCCUGAAAGCAUUGCUGACGGUAUCCUGCUUAACAUUGUGAAAAGAGAUGCCUUGCAGGCUCAAAAUGACAGCGUAACUGAAUUGGCCGAAAGCUCCUGCACUGAAACAUAUGCGGAAACUUGUGACACCAUCUCAGGGUCUGGCACUGCUGAAGAUAACAAGGAUACUGCUGACUCAAGCAAUCACUCACUUGAUAUUGAUGCUUUUGUAGUUUCGCAUCAACCUUCAGCUGAUGAUUAGAUUCUUCUUGAUUUGAGAGGUCAUUGUAUAGCAUGCUCACUACAGCAACGCUCACUUGCUCUAUUUAAAGGGCAGGGGUAGCGUAUAUGUACGGAUGCAAAUCGGCAUAUAGGCCACGGGUUUAGGGAUACCCAUACACUAUGUUAAUGUUAAUAUUUGCAUUCAUUGUGAAAUUGUUGGUUGAUGCAUGUGUUAAGAUGUACCGACACGUUUUUGCCAAGUGUUGGAAAAGACAGUUUUUAUCUUUC